AUGGUCGAGGACUAUAUAUGGGGCUCCUACCGGCCGUUGAGUUUUUCCUACGGCGACUGCAUCAAAUCCUGGGGCUACGUGCAUUCGGAACUGGGCAACAUCAUGACGCACCUCUUCGGCUCCAUUAUAUUCAUUAUCCUCGCGUUCAUCACCGGCCCUGUCAUCAUCCCAAUGCUGUCCACGCAGCCGGGGGAACAGAAAGCCAAGGCCGCAGACUACAUAAUCGUGUACGUGUACCUGGUUGCUGUGCUUUUCUGCCUUACAGCGUCGACAGCCUUCCAUACGCUCUCGUGCCACUCGCACCGGAAGCAUUUCCGCUCGCUGCGGUGUGACUUUAUCGGCAUCCUGACGCUGAUUGUCGGGUCGUUUGUUCCCAUCGGAUACUAUGGCUUUUUGCAUUCCCGCAAGAUCCUCAUUGGAUACAUGGUCAUGUUUGUGGUUAUCGGAAUGGCAGGUGUCGCAGUUUCCGUGCUGGGCAAGGUGGAGGAUCCGAAGAGGGCCAAUUGGAGGCCAAUUAUCUUUAUGGGAAUCGCAGGGUCCGGCCUCGUGCCUAUUAUUCACGGAGCCAUCCUGAAUGGGUACUCGGGAGCGGUCGAUAAAAUGUCUCUUUGGUAUGUAGUGGGCAUGGGGGUUCUGUAUAUUUCUGGAACUCUGCUUUACGCUUUCAAGAUUCCGGAGAGGUGGAGGCCUGGUAAGCACGAUGUGUUUUUGCAGUCGCACCAGAUCUUCCACAUCUUUGUUGUUUUGGCCGCUUUAUGCCAUUAUGUGGGGAUCAUACGGGCUGUUGAUUCGGCGCACCGCACAUAA